CUCUUCUUCUUCUUCUCCCCGUUGCAGCCCACCCGAAAGAAGAAAAAAAAAAAAAAGAAAAGGGAACUCAGCCAUGCCUUGAGGAAACCGGUAGAGAGCUUGAUUUUAUCCUUCUUUUCUUGCUCUAGAACACAUGUAAAACCCAGAAACAUUCCCCCUCUCUGCAGAAAUCCCGGAUCUGCUCUGCUCUGCUCCUCACCGCCAGCUGCUCCUGCUUUGUGGAGGGCGAAUCGCUCCGGUUUCUGCCCCGUGAUUUUUCUCCUGCAGAUUGUCGCCGGCCUUCCCCCAACUGCAGUCUGGUUUUAGCUGGAAAAUUCUGAAGCGAAACCGAGGACGGGAAACCACGGAAAGUGACGAGUUAGAAGCCUAGCCAUUUCAAGAUUGAUAUAUGUUUUAGAAAUAAAUCAUGAUCUUGUAAACUCGACUUUAUUGGAGAUUUAUAAUAUUAGAGCAAAUUAUAAAAUUUGAUCUUCAGAUUUUGAUGGUAUCAUAUUGUGGUAUAAUAAGUUUCGAGCCUUGUGCAUUUGUGGGACUUUUUCACAAGAUGCACGGCGUUUUUCGUACCUCGGAUUUGAGUUAUGGGACGUGACAGUUGUAAAUGAGUCCAAUCAAGCUUUUUAGAAUUUAAACUCAAGCUCGAUACUAGACUAAUGAGUUGAGUUGAGUUUAAGUUUCUAUCAAAUUCAAAUAGAUUUAGCUAGAAUCUAACUUACGAGCUUAACCUGCUAACUCGAACUUAACUAUUAAACUCAAUUUAUCUUU